CCGGGGGCUGCCGAGAGCGAGCGACCCCCCUCUCGCCUCACCUCCCCUCACUCCCUCAGCGCCCGUCAGGGCCCGGCCCGCAGCGGCAGGGAAUUCACUCUCUUUAAAAGAAAAUGUCUACAUCUAACAUUGCAGCAAGAGUGGACACUUGGCUUUCAUCCACGUGGCAUGUUAAAGUUCCUUUGACGUGGCUAGAAGCAUGUAUUAGUUGGAUCCAGGAAGAAAACAGUGGUAGUAACUUAAGUCAAGCUCAGAUUAACAAGCAAGUAUUUGAGCAAUGGCUUCUUACUGAUCUAAGAGAUUUGGAAUAUGCUGUUUUGCCUGACUGCAUCUUAGAUGCACCCAAGGGAGAGUUGUUAGGCUUCUACUCCAUACAGAUUGAUUCACUGAUUGAUGUUAGCCAGCCAGCAUAUUCCCAGUUGCAGAAGCUAAGAGGGAAAAGUACUGUAAAUGAGGAAGUGACAGCCAGUACUCAGGCAUUUCAGAAGCCCUGGGAAGCAAAGCCUACUCGAAUGCUGGUGCUGGAACUAACUGAUGGGAUACAUCGAAUUCAGGGCAUGGAGUAUCAACCAGUGCCUGUUCUCCACAGUAAUCUUCCUCCUGGAACAAAAAUCACUGUACAGGGUAAUAUUCCAUAUCGUCUUGGAGUUCUUCUGCUUAAACCAGAAAAUGUGAAACUGUUGGGGGGUGAGGUGGAUGCUCUUCUGGAGGAGUAUUCUCAGGAAAGGGUCCUUGCUAGAUUAAUUGGAGAAACUGAAAACCCUAAUUCUGUUGGGCAAGCUGGUCAUUACCAAAUUGUUUCAAGGCCUGUAGAUGAAUUAGAACAAACUCUAGGCCCUUCAGAUGAAGAGCUCCUAGCUAGUCUUGAUGAAAAUAAUGAAUUUACUUUAAACAACGAAACAUCGUUAGAAAGUGGAUACGGCAGUAGAAGCAACAAUUUUAGUACAGUGACAGCGUCACUGACUGCACACAAUGGAAAUGUUUUCCUACGGGAAUCUGGAAGUCCUUUGCCUCAUUCAGAUGAAAAAGUUUCACCUCCCAGAGAAUAUGUUGAUGGCUUUUUAAAUGACUUUCCUGUAGAAGAUGACUUCCUUCUGGAAGAAGAGAUGCAAAGUGAGCUGGAAGAAGUGCUGCCAGUGAUGAUGAACAGAAAUACAAAUUUAAUUACUGAGAGACUCCCACAUACAUCUAGAAGUUUCUGCAAUUCAUCUUUAAAUGGCACUUAUGAAAAUGAUUUUGUCAAUGAAAGAGAUAAGCCUCUAGAAGCUACCAGCAAGCAAAACACUUUUGUAAGAGCAGUAUUAGAUGGAGAUAGAAAUAGUAUUACUGACUUUUCACAGCACAAAAGUGUACAUCAGAUGUGCAGUACUGCAAAUUUUUCUUUGGAAAAACCUCUUGAAGAAAGGCAGAAUGAUACAGACCUAGAUGACAGCAGGUGUAAAUCCCUGCACACUUCUGACAGCAGGCUGUUAAAUGAAGACCCUGUAUUUUUCUCAAAAACAGACCCAGAAGAACAUCAGCAGAAACAUGAUUCACAGACCUUUCCUUGCAGAAUAGUAGAGACAUAUAGAGAUUUAGAUUCUCCACCUUUCACAUAUAUUUCCCUUCUCCUUGCAAAAAAACCUGAAACUGUUACAGUUCUUAAAGUUAAGUGUUUUAUUGUUACUCUCACUGGAAACCUCACAAGCAGCAAUGGUUUCUGGGGUAUAAAGGCAAAAAUUUCUGAUGGUUCAGCUUACCUUGAAGUAGAUUUUGCUGAUGAAAUUCUGACAAGUUUGAUUGGCUUUUCAGUGCCUGAAAUGAAUAGACUGAAAAAGGAUCCAUCUUUACAUCUGAAGCUUAAGGAUGGUUUAGAGAAAUGUCAAAAACAACUGAUAGAUCUCUGUUGUUUGAUGACUAUAGAGUUCAAUCCACUUCACUCUAAAGCCACUGUCUUAAUUCUUCAGGAUGCUGAUGCAAAGCAUCUAGAGCAACUGAAGAAGCGUUUGAAUAAAUAACAUACAAACUUGCAGACUGUGUCUUAGGAAACAUUUAAGACAGGAGGAAAGCAGUUGAAUAAAUUUAAACAAAGAAUUAUUUUUUAAAUGCAGUCACUUCUGGCUAUGCCAACCUGAAAACUCAAAAUAUAUACUCAGUGUGCAAGAACCUGAAGUGUUCAAAAUGUUCAGGUCUGGGUGCGUAUGUAGGAGACCCAACCCUAUACAUAAAUGAGAUUAAAAGUUGCACACUUUUUAAAGAAUUAAAGGUCAAACUUUAAAAAAUAUUAACAGUAAAGAAUGAAUGGGCAAUCUGUUUUGUCAUGUUGUUGUUAAUCACUGCAAAUAGUUUUGAACCCUCAGGCAGCCUUAUUCUUUGACUGUUAAAAUUACUUGUCUAACCUUUUCACAGAGUAGUUAAAUACUUGUGCUACAAACAUAUUGUAUAUAUGUAUUUAAUAUUGGUGUUAAUUUUUAUCUUUUUUUUUUUUCUAAUUUCUGCUUUUAGAACAUAUAAAAAUAAAUAUAUUAAGGUUUUCAUUUAAACUUUGGUGGAAGUUGUGUAGUCACUUUAAAAUAAAAAUAUACACCUUA